AUGCUCUCCUUCAUUAUUGCAGCUGCUCUCGCCCUGCCCUUCCAUGGAGCAUCAGCAGCUCCUCAGACAUUCUCACCCAAUUCCACCGCAAUAUUUCCGUCAGGGCCAGCGGUAACCAAAGCACCAACAGGGAACUGUUCCAACAACUGUGCCUAUCCUCAGAUAGAUCUAGGCUUCAUAACAUGGUCCCAGAUGUCCAUUACCGCGACUUAUACAGCAGCAACCGUGGUACUCAUUGUGAACAAGAGAAAUAACAGUACUCGAACGACUACCAUCUCCAAUACGGAAAUCGAUUUCGGAAAAAUCGCUACGCCUACUAAUUUAAACAGCGACGGCACAGUGACGGCAUCCGUGGUUGAUAACGACGGGAGCACUCGUGUCAUCGCGUACCCCACGAGUAUCUACUCUGAUUACGCCCCAAACAUAACAUGGACCGGGACUCUCUCCACCACCGUUAGCGGCACCCCAACAUGCUCAAUAGCUCCUACCGGCGCAGUAGCCGUCUUCCCAUCGCAUCCCCUGCUCCCCGAAGGCGUACAGGCGACAGGUGUCAACACGAUCGAGGAUCCACGGGGUUGGACGUUUGUUCCUAUGGGGGACCGGACGUGUGGAGACACGGGGGACCUGAUCGAGGAUUUCUUUCCGGGCCUGGGUGUCUGGAACUGCGAGGCGUCAGGUGAUUGUGUGGGACCGAUAGGAGCGUUGCAGACAGCGUUAUAUCUCACAAAGACUUCGACAUCGACGGAGCCGGAUACCGGGCCAACCCCGCCGCCGGCGCCAGCGUCAAGCACGCAGCAACCGGUGGCCCAACCGGAGAAGACAGCACCCGCCGAAACACCUACAUCAAACGCACCUCCGGCAGAAACACCUUCUUCCACGGAGACACCCCCUCCGGAAGCUUCCCCCACGGAAACACCUCCAGUGGCGCCCCCCCCACCACCCGCGUCCACGAGCAUCGUCAUCACCCCCUCCCCAGGCCCCGCCCCGACCGCCCCGGUAGCGAUCCCAGUACCCGUCACCUCGACGGAUGCAAAAGGCCGCAUCACAAUCUCCACCAGCACCGCCGUCGCCCACCCCAUCGUCCUCACCACCACCAACGCCCAAGGCCGCCCCGUCCCCACGACCAGCCUCUCCACCGCCUCCAUCUCCGCCUCCGUCCCCCUCGUCCUCACCUCCACCAACGCCCACGGCACCAUCCUCUCCUCAACGACCCACCUCCCCGCCAUAAUCCUCACCGCCACCGACGCCGCCGGCUCCGAAUCCCUCACCACCUCCGCCCUCACCCCACCCCUCCCCCUCCCCAUCACCGUCGGCGCCGAAACCAUCACCCCGAACCCGCAGUCCCAAUACCUCAUCUCGGGCCAAACCCUCUCCCCCGGCUCCUCCAUCACCCUCGGCGCCGGCCCCGCCGCCACGGUCCUCACCCUCCAAACAUCCGGCCCCUCCGCCCCCGCCCUCGUCUACGGCCCCCGCACCUCCCCCCUCCCCUCCCCCGCCCUCCUGACCAUCGGCGCCGACACCGUCACCCCGAACCCGCACUCGCAGUACCUCAUCUCGGGCUCCACCCUCGCCGUCGGCUCGCCCGUGACGAUCGGCGCCGGGACCGUGCUCGCGCUGCAGACAUCGGGCGCCGCAACGGCGCUCGUCUACGCGGCCCGCACGUCCGUGUUGACCCCGACGGCGCUCGCGUUCCCGCCCGCCAUCGUGCUGGGGUCGGAGACCAUCACGGCGAACGGCCGGACGCAGUAUGUGGUCGGGUCGCAGACGCUGACGGCGGGCGGGGCGGUGACGGUGGGCGGGACGAGGGUGAGUCUGGCGGCGGGCGGGAGCGACGUCGUGGUCGGGUCGAGCACGGAGGCUUUGGCGCCGUAUAUCACGGCCGGGUUUGGGGCGGGGGCGAACGGGACGACGCCGUCGGCGUUUACGGGGGGUGCGGAGGGGAGGGGUGGGCGGGGUUGGGGGCCGUGGUGUGGGUGUGGAUGGGCUGUUUUUGGAUCCAUCCAGUAG